AUGGAGUUUUUGCCUCCGUUUCAGCGCGUGGUACAGCCUGAAGAGAUGUGGCUCUAUAGAAACCCGUACGUGGAAGUGGAUCACGUACCCACGGUACCUAUGUUUUUCAUCGCAUUUCUGUCCCCCUUACUGCUCAUUGUCCUGGCAAGGGUGUUCCUGAAUGCCGACCGAGAAGACACGCGAGAAGCCUGCCUCGCUGCCAGCCUUGCUCUCGCCCUGAACGGGGUUUUUACAAACGCCCUGAAGCUUGUUGUGGGGAGUACGGUGUCCCGCCCCGGCGACUACAAGCACCACUGGCAAGAUGUGUUGGUUGGCUCAGCGAUGGGCUUCGUGCUUGCGUACCUCUGCUACAGGCAGUAUUACCCUCCUCUGAUGGACUCCAUGUGCCACAAACCGUUUCUGUACAAAUCCAAACUGCCAGUGCACCAAGAAAAGCCUGCAGCUUCCAGCUUUCACCUAGAUAUUUAG